AUGCUUUCUCAUUCAUAUAUCUUCGCCCUGCUCUCUGGCAGUGCAUGUGCUCAUAUCUACCGAGUCUUGGAUAGUAGCUUCGCUGACCCCAGCGUCGUUUAUACCGGUAGCGAUUACUAUGCCUUUGGGACUACGGGCAACCAUGUCCAUGCGCAAACGGCCUACUCUCCGGAUUUUGUAAACUGGACACUCCUCGACGGACAUGAUGCUCUGCCCGGACCCUAUCCCACGUGGGUAUCUAAAUCUUCUGUUUCGCUGUGGGCUCCUGAUGUUAUCAAAGUGUCGAACAAUAGCUACAUAAUGUACUACUCCGCCAGGGAAGCUACCACCGGCAAACACUGCGUUGGCGCAGCCACGUCCUCCAAAGCGCAAGGCCCGUAUAACGCCACCGUAACCAACUCCUCUCUCGCCUGUCCCCUUUCCCAGGGCGGCGCCAUCGACCCUGACGGAUUCAUUGAUACCGACGGCACCAUAUACGUAACCUACAAAAUCGACGGGAACAGUCUCGACGGCGACGGCACGACACACUCAACACCCAUCAUGCUCCAAAAAAUGCACUCCGACGGCAUAACCCCCGACGGCGACCCAAUCCAGCUCCUCGACCGAUCCGACCUCGACGGACCGCUGAUCGAAGCCCCGAGUAUAAUGCUCAAGGACGGGAUUUAUUACUUGAGUUUCUCGUCGAAUUGGUAUAACACUGAGAAAUACGACACGUCGUAUGGCUAUGCCACGUCGAUUACUGGCCCCUGGAAGAAGCAGUAUGCACCGUAUGCGCCAUUGCUGAAGACGGGGACAGGAUCGAAGAAUGCUGGGAAACUGAGUGCUCCUGGAGGAACUGAUUUCUCGGUUGACGGUACUAAGAUAGUGUUUCAUGCUAAUCUGAACGGGAAGGAUAUCACUAAAGGGCGAGCAAUGUUUGUUGCCAAUAUUACUUCCAGUGAUAACGUGAUCUCUUUAGCAUGA